AUGCAAGCUAGCAAGACUGUCAUCCUCGCCGAGCGCGUUUCAGACUGUGGGCGCCCUAAACCUCUAGUCGAGUCGCUUUCAUUUCUGUCGACUGGUAGCAAUAAACAGAUUUCAUCUGCGAAGAAUAUGAACCGACUUACAGUGGAUGCCAUUCUUGAACCAUCCUCGCAAACGGUUCUCCUUCAACUUUGCUGGGCCGCUGUAUUAGCCAGAUAUGCGGAAACUCCCGAUAUUCAAUAUGCAUACGUUCUGGAGGACUCGGAGGAAGUCAGGUUAUUUCACUCACAGAUCUCUUCCGGUCAAGACGUGUAUGACGCGCUGGAAUCGGCUGCGUAUGUCACGUCUCCUUUGGGGCUCAUUGGCGAUUCUCUUUCCCAGGAAGCAAUCAGCAGCCAGACUGGAAAUCUCGCCUUCGGCACCAUCCUACUGGUCAAAGGCAAAAAUAGCCCUUCUAGGAUAUCUCUCACCAAAGAACUCUUCACUGGGACCGCUUUAUUACUGGAAUGCGCUGUUGCGGCCCAACAUGUGCAAGUUGAAUGGACAUGCAGAAAACCUCUCGCGCCCGAGUAUGUGUACAUGAUCAUGACACAAUUCGCCCAUGCUCUGCGGGUCAGCACGAAGAGUAGAAAAGAGAAUAUUCGUUACCGCGAUCUCCAAGAAAUUAGCCCCGAGGGAUUCAGUCAAAUCAUCGAGUGGAAUGGCGGACGCGAAUACGUCACGCGGGAAACCUUUGCGCAUCACCUGUUUGAGAAGAUGGUCAUAAAACAGCCCCAUGCGCCUGCGAUUUGUGCUUGGGAUGGUGACAUGACCUACGGCGAGCUCGACUCAUACGCCGAAUUUGUGGCAUCGCAAAUCAUGGCAUCAUGUCAAAUCGAACAUGAAGGCGUCUUGGGUCUUUUUUUUGCAAAGUCGAAGUGGACAGCUGUGGCCAUGCUAGGAGCGCUCAAGGCUGGUAGGGGGUUCAUCAUGUUUCAUACCUCUCAGCCGCCCACACGCCUGCGAACAAUCUGUGAGCGCCUAGGAGUCCUUGCCGUCCUUUCGCUGCCGGGAUUCAAAACCGCCCUGGAUGAGUUGGACGUCCCCAAGAUCAUCCUCUCUACUGACAAAGAUGAGGGUUUCCUACCGAACACCGCCAGCCAAAAGCCCGCCCCUUUACCUUCUGAAUCAAAUAGCAUUCUCUAUGCUGGAUUCACGUCGGGUUCUACUGGUGAGCCCAAGAUAUUCGAUGUUCGCCAUUCUGCAUUCUGCAGCGGUAUCUCUGCCUGGGGCGUGGCAAUGAACGUUAACGAGCGGUCCCGGGUCUUUCAAAGUGCGUCAUAUAACUUUACGGUCAGCGUGAUAGAGCAAUUAGCCCCCUUGUGUCUCGGUGGGUGUGUGUGCGUCCCUUCCGAGGAAGCGCUGCAAAACGACAUCCCCGGAGCCAUUCGUGAUCUCGGUGCCAAUUGGGCUGAAUUUACCCCGAGUUUGGCGCGAUUGUUGGAUCCCAGCACUUUGUCUGGAGUGAAAACGCUGGUUCUGACCGGCGAAGCUUUGGCCAGAGCAGAUGUCGAGAAAUGGCACUGUCAUCUUGAUUUGCGGGUGUAUUAUGGACAAUCUGAGCAUUCCCUGGGUGCCACGGUUGGGAACACCGCAGACCUCGUCGCGGACCACCGCAACAUCGGCCGCACCUUUUCGGCCAGGGAAUGGAUCGUUGACCCAGAAGACCAUAACCGGCUCGCUCCACUUGGAGCUGAAGGCGAGCUCUUGUUAGAAGGGCCCUGUGUCGGAGUGGGUUAUCUCAAUAACCCAAAGGAGACAGAUGCCAUCUUCGUACGGAACCCUGCGUGGUUCCUAUCUCAGCGAUUGACUCCAGUGACUGACGGGCGAUUUCUCAAGACCGGUGAUCUUGUCUGCUACGAUAUGCACCGAGGUUGCCUUCAGUAUCGUGGUCGCAGAGGAACCCAGGUCAAGAUCCGCGGUCAACGUGUCGACCUCGGUGAGGUUGAGUAUCAUGCAGGCAAGCAUUUGUCUUCGGCACAAGGUAAGCCGGUAGCGGAGGUAAUUUGCCCCAAAGUAUAUGCCCAAAAGUCAGAUCCUGUGAUGGUCGUUUUUCUUGUGACAGAUACGCCAGUGGAAAUGGCAGUGACAUCCUACGAAGAUUUUGAUUCUCCCAUCAUCUUCCCCCCAAACGACAAACUCAGGGCACAGGCGAAAGCUGCAUUGGCUCGAAUGAAAGAUGUUUUGCCAGACUAUAUGAUGCCAAGCGCCGUUAUUCCAAUCUCGCAUCUUCCACGGACGCCUUCUGGCAAGCUCUUUCGACGCAGGCUCCGCGACAUCGGCUCACAGCUUGCUCUAGACGAAAUUGUGGCCUAUGUGAAUCUUCGAAAACCACACCAAGCUCCAGAAACUGCCAACGAAGAGAAGUUGCAGCAGAUAUCUGCAAGUAUUCUUGGCUGCUCCGCGAGUCAGAUCGGCAUGAACGACACCUUCCUAGAGCUGGGAGGCGACUCGUUGAAAGUCAGGCACUUGGUGCAAGCCGCGCGUACUGAAGGCGUGACACUGUCUGUCGGUGACAUUUUCAAAAACUUGACCCUGGCAGAUCUCGCUCGAAUUGCUCAGGAAGGUCCCAUGUCUGUACCUGCUCAUGAGAAACAACCAGAGGAGCCGGUCGUAAAGAGCUUCCUUCAGAGCAAGCCCGAAUUCGCAAUUGGAUCGCGCAUCGAGAGUGUCUCGCGCACACACGAUAUAGUCAAAGCCACCGGUAACGAGAACGCUGUGGAGUAUUUCCUCUUCAGCCUGUAUGGCCCUCUAGACGUCGAGCGGCUCGAUGUCGCCUGUCAAGCCCUUGUGGCUUGUCAUGCAGUUUUGCGGUCCGUGUUCAUCCCGUACGAGGAGGAGAUCAUGCAAGUCACAUUUCGCUCAUUGAAAGCCUCGUUUGAAGUUAUCGAGGCGUCUCCAGGUGUUGAUCCAAAAGUACUCACCGACCGACUUUGCCAUGAGGAUAAGAUGCAGUCACCCUUCGGACCGACCCCAGUGAUGGCAUUUACCGUCGUUAGAUCAAGUCCCGACAAUCACAUCCUUGUUUUGCGACUGUCUGAAGCUCAAUGUGAUGCCCAUAGCUUGAAGAGACUGAUCUCAAACCUGAUGCUGCUCUACGAUGAAACGUCAAUCCAUGUCCAACUCGACUACCGUGACUAUCUGGCUAUCUGUGCAUCACAAAGGACUCCAGAAGCGUUUGCCUAUUGGAGGACACUUCUGAAAGGUGCCACUCCUCUCCAUCUUGACAGCAUACGACUCAAUACCCAAUCAUCUUGGAUGUGUCAUGGGCAGCUCACUGGGAAAACCUACCACCACGAUUCUCCUCCCAGUCUCACGUUCUCUCGUACAAUACCUCCCGUCACCGCUCGCCGAGGUAUUACCCUCGCCACCACGAUCAAGGCUGCCUGGUCGUACGUACUGUACAAGAAAUUGCAUUGCAAUGACAUUCUUUUCGGUCAGCUCGGAAGCUGCCGCACCAUGAAUGUACCUGGUAUCGAGGAUACCAUUGGCCCAUGUACUAACGUGACGCCAGUCCGCGUAAAAUAUGUGCCCCAGUGGGAUCCCAGCGAGAUCCUGCAGACGAUUCAAGAACAGCACGCACAGUCCCUUCCCUACCAGACAAUAGGCUGGCGGGAUAUUGUUAACCAUUGCACCACGUGGCCCGAUGGUGCUUCCCUCCAGACAGUGGUGUUGCACCAGGGCGAGCAAGAGGACACAGAGAUCCAAACUCGGGGUGGACUGAAAUGCCGUGCCCUUGACUGGAGCGCAUCAAGUAUUCUUGGUCGUCUGUAUUUGAUGACUGAGAGUACCUCAUCAGGGUUGAACAUUGAACUCUCGCAAUAG